AUGGCCGUUGGACCGACGGAGGGCAAACAGCCGCCCUCAGAGAGCUUCUCGCCCACGCACCACCAGAUUAUAGCACCCAGCCCCAUCCUGGCCGUACCCACGCUGGCCUUCUCCGCCGCCCAGGUGGAGAUCGUGUGCAAGACCCUGGAGGACUCCGGCGACAUUGAGCGCCUGGCCCGCUUCCUCUGGAGCCUGCCGGUGGCCCUGCCCAACAUGCACGAGAUCCUCAACUGUGAGGCGGUGCUCCGGGCCCGCGCCGUCGUCGCCUACCAUGUGGGCAACUUCAGGGAACUGUAUGCAAUAAUAGAGAAUCAUAAGUUUACUAAGGCGUCCUACGGCAAGCUGCAGGCCAUGUGGCUGGAGGCCCACUACAUUGAGGCCGAGAAGCUACGCGGUCGAUCACUCGGCCCCGUGGACAAGUAUCGAGUGCGCAAGAAGUUUCCCCUGCCGCCGACGAUCUGGGAUGGCGAGCAGAAGACCCACUGCUUCAAGGAGCGCACGCGGAGCCUACUGCGCGAAUGGUACCUUCAGGAUCCGUAUCCGAAUCCCACCAAGAAGCGGGAGCUGGCCAAGGCCACCGGCCUGAAUCCCACGCAAGUGGGCAACUGGUUCAAGAACCGACGCCAGCGGGAUCGGGCCGCCGCGGCCAAGAAUCGCAUUCAACACAACCAGAACCAGGGACUCGGCUGCCGUAGCCGGCGGGCGGAUGGCGCCGCCUCGCCCACGCCCUCGGACAGCUCCGACUCGGACAUCUCGCUGGGCACUCAUUCGCCGGUGCCCAGCAGCCUGCAGCUUCAGCACAGUCCGGGCAGCACCUCUAACGGAGCCAACGAUCGCGAGGAGAGCCUCAGCGUGGACGAUGACAAGCCGCGCGACCUGAGCGGCUCUCUGCCGCUGCCUCUUUCUCUGCCCCUGCCGCUGGCCUCGCCCACAAGCACGCCACCCCAAUUGCCGGUGGGUGGUGGCUAUGCAGGAGCUGGAGCAGGAUCUGGUCCGGGAGGACCACUGUCUGCGGCCGGUUGCCUGCCGCCCUUCAAGCUGGACGCCGCGACCAGCCUGUUUAGUGCCGGCUGUUACCUGCAGAGCUUCAGUAACCUAAAAGAGAUGUCCCAGCAGUUCCCCAUCCAACCGAUCGUCCUGCGCCCACACCCACAGCUGCCGCAGCCCCUGGCCCUGAACGGAGCCUCCGGCGGGCCACUGCAUCAUCCCGCCUACGCGGCCGCCUACAGUGUGGAGUGUGUGCCCGGCCACGGACCUCAUCCGACACAUCCGCAGCCGCCCAAGCUGAGGAUCAACUCACCGGAGAAGCUCAACUCCACGGCGGUGGCCACGGCUGGCUCGGGUGGGGCAGGCGGAGGGCCUAACCAUCACCACGAGGCCACCACCACCACCACCACGGGUUAUCACCACAGCGGGCAGCUGCUGCUGCACCGACCCUUCUCCACGUCACCGGAGCUGAAGCACAGUGCCCCCGAGAUCACAUGAUAUCAGCGGGUCUGAGGAGGAGGAGGACUCCUCCGAUCACCCCAAUCCUAACUCCAUAAGAACCCACCACCACCCCGAAGCACUAAGGCCCAGCUAUUCAGAUUGUUUCAAUUGUAUUUCUAAGUUAGCCGUAGUUAAGCGCAAUCCCCGCGGCGGAGUUCGAGCAAUAUUCGAUCCUGGCCACCGGACUCGUUUCCUAUAUCACGACCCCGAUAUUACCUAUACCUAUACCUAUACCGUUAUCCAGCAGCAGCAAAACGCAAGCGUCGCACACGCACACGCACUCUUCAAAGAUAGCAAUUUAAGCCGGAUGGAAAGUGGGAUUCCCCGAUGCCGAGUUUUGGGAUCCCAAAACUGAACUUGAAUUCGAAACGUUUUCAUUCUAAUUUUUGUGUGUGUGUACGUAUUUGUAAAUAGAGUUUAAGUAUGCAAAUCAUAGAGCUUACGUAUACAUUUAGAUUGCAAUAAAAGAAAAACAACCGAA